CUGUUUGUCCACACUCCAGGCGCGAUGGGCGGUGGACGCGCAGAGCUCACACCAUGGCUGCUGCAGUGGGCUGUGUGAUUCUGAGCUCACUUUUUCCUCUCGCUGGUCCCAAACCCGGAGCCGUCACUUCAGACUUCUUCCUGAAGGUCUGACCCCGUUCUGUGCUGCGGAGCGGGGAAACACGACGCCUGUGUGGAAUCAGGAAGUUUGCGUGUUUUUUUUUUUUUUGUUUUGAGCAGGAUGCCGACACUCUACAAAGCUCUAAGUAUUAAAGCUGCACAGUCCAAGUCUGGUUUGGAGGAUGGAAGUGCCUCAGUGCCACAGUGCCUGAUUCAGAAUGUCCUACUGGUGUGUUAAAGGGGCUCUGGAGCCUGGGCCGUCCGCAGUGAAGAUGCAGCAGGACAGUCCAGGGGAGGACAAGGAACCCCCUCCUGCCUCAGAGCCGGAGCACGGGUCCACACUGGUUGCCUCUGUCACAUUAGAGAAGAUCCGCUCCACAUACGAGUCCGGAGAACGGGAAGAGGCCCAGGAGUUGGUCCAGCAGGCCUGCUGUCAGGAGUGCAGUGCAGGAGAGCCUCGCAUUGAUGGGGUGGAUCUGCUGUGUCUUGCUGUGGAGCAUGAGGACCAUGAAAGCGCCCGGUACUUGCUGAAGGAGGCCCAUGUCUCAGUCCCUGUGGAUUCCACAGACGACCACCCUGCUCUGGUCGCAGGGCGCCAUGGACAUAUGGGGCUGGUCAGGCUGCUGCUCGACUCUCUGCCCCAAAGUUAUGCUGCUAAGAAGGAGCUGCUGUUGCGCUCUCUGCUGACCAUAGCUUGUCAGAAAGGACACUUGGACCUGCUGAAGAUGCUUGUGGAACUAUACAACAUAGAUGUCAAUGACCAUGAUAUCUACAGCCAGGAGUUCACGCAAAUCACAGAGCUGCCCCUAUAUGCUGCUGCUACGGCUGGUCACAUGGAGAUUGCAAGCUUCUUAAUUCAGAACGGAACAGGCUUCUCAUCAUACGUCCUGAUUGACCACCCGAGCUUCUGCACACACCUGCUCCGACAGAGGGUCUCGGGGAGCAACCACGUGGAUGGAGAUCAGAGUGUCUGUGUGAGUUGGAGCGGGUUGCAGCUGCCCUGGUUAGAACUCACCUGGUUCAUGGACCUCUCAUCACGAAUCACUCACCUCGAGCUGUCGUCCAAUCAGCUUACAGGCCUGCCCUCAGUAGUGCCUUGGGGCCUUGUGCACCUGCAGAACCUUGACCUCCAGAAUAACCUCUUGUAUGAGUUGCCACUGGUGCUCAGUUCACAUGAGGUUCUUUGCACAAGUUUGCGAGAGAUCAACCUGUCUCAGAACCAGCUGACUUCUCUUCCCUGUGGACUGCUCCAUCUCACACACCUGCAGAGGCUGUGGGCGUCCAAGAACCAGCUGUCUGUGCUCUUCCAACUGGACCAUGAUUUGAACUGGAUCGGUUUGAGGCGAUUGGAGGAGCUGGACGUGUCAGACAAUUGCCUAAGCUGUCUGCCUGCAAACAUCAUGUACUGCCUGAAAUUCCUGAGAACCCUCAAUGCAAGCAACAACAGGCUGAAGGAGCUGCCGGAGCCAUGGGGAUGUCCACUUAAGCAGUGCAGAGCCUCUGGUAAUAUGCUUGAGAGUCUUCCAGAAAUGAUCUCAGUCCAGUGGAGAAAACAUCUGCAAGAGAUGGACUUCUGCAACAACAAACUCACAGAGCUGCCCAGCUAUCUGUUUGAACUGGAGGCCCUGGUGUGCCUGCGGCUACGUGGGAAUCAGCUGACUUCUCUGCCUACCUCCAUCGAGUGGAAAUGCACCCAGCUUAGGACACUUGACCUGUCCCAUAAUCUACUUGGGAAAAGUGACGAUGUGCCCAAAUCCAAAAGACUGGGAUUCCUCUCCACAUGGACCAAAAGAGAACCUGAGACUGCAGUGCCUUCAGUGAGCUUUCCCGCUGUGCUCCGGGACUGUCUGGAGGCGCUGCACUUAAAUGACAACCAGCUGGAGGCAGUCCCACCAUCUGUGUGUGGUCUGAACAGCCUUACUGAGCUCUACCUCUCCAAUAACCCAGGAAUCAAGGAGCUGCCAGUGGAACUAGGGCAACUGUCCAACCUGUGGCAGCUGGACCUCGAAAACCUCAACAUCACCAAUGUCCCUCUGAAUGUCCUCAGAGAAGGUACACUAUCAGUUCUGGCCUUCCUGAGAGCCCAUCUGCGUAAGGCUGAGCCCUGUCACCUGCUGAAGAUGGUAGUGAUCGGACCCCCGCGGCAGGGCAAGUCCACCCUGCUGGAGGCCCUGCAGACCGGACGGGUCUCCCAGCAGAGCUCUCCCCCUUGUGGCAUCGACACCUGGUCUUGGCACUUGGACAGACCCAGCGCAGGCAAGGGCAAUAAAGACUAUGUGGAGUUUUAUGUGUGGGACAUCGGAGGGAAGACCAGCAUGUCCACUGUAAACCACUGCUUCUUCACCAACAAAGCCCUGUACCUGGUGGUGUGGAACCUGGCUCUGGGGGAGGAGGCUGUGGCCAAUCUGCAAACAUGGCUGCUCAGCAUAGAGGCUCGUGCUCCAAACUCGGCGGUGGUGGUGGUGGGGACACACCUGGACAUGAUCGACGCACGUUUCCGCACAGAGAGGAUGGCCACGCUCAGGGCCUAUGUGCUGGCUCUGUGCAGGUCUCCCUCUGGGGCUAGGGCCACAGGAUUCCCUGACAUCACCUGCAAAAACAUCCAUGAGGUGUCCUGUAAGACUCUGGAGGGAGUGGAUGACCUGAGGAAGCUGUUGUUCCAUGUGGCAGUCUCCAUGAAGGACAUCAGCCCGUGUGGGGGGUAUAAGCUCAUUGGACGACUGAUCCCACAGAGCUACCUAAAGCUGCAGGAGGCUGUGAUCCUGGAGAAGGUCAGGAGGAGGUCAGAAGGGCAGGUGCAGUAUCUCACAGACACUCAACUGGAGAGCCUGGUCCAGCAGAGCCCAGACAGUGACCUGCACGACUAUGAGGACCUCCAGACUGCCAUCGGUUUCCUGAUAGAUACUGGGACCUUGCUGCACUUUCCGGACACCAGCCACGGCCUGUGCACCCUGUACUUCCUGUGUCCGCUGUGGCUGUCCGAGUGUCUGCAACGCAUUCUGGAUCUCAGGUCUACACGCACUGUCAUCAGGAACGGAGUGAUCAGCACGGAGAGCCUGCGGGAGCUGCUCGUGGGAACGGGCUUCACUCAGCAGACAGAGGAACAAUAUUUUCAAUUUUUGGCCAAAUUUGAGAUUGCACUUCCCGUUGCCAAAAAUGGGUACCUGUUACCCCACCUGCUCCCGCCAAAACCCGCUUUGGACAUCCACACCCUCCAGCAGGCCUCCACCAACACGCUCCAGCGCCUCUUCAAGAUGAGCUUCGUCCCCGCGGGUUUCUGGGAGAGGUUUAUUGCUCGGAUGUUGAUCAGCCUGACGGAGAUGGACCUGCAGUCGUUUGAGCCCCACAGACACUCUCCCAAAAGCAGCAGCAGAGGCUCCGUCAUGUACAGUUUUGCAGGGGCCCUACAGAGGAGCCGCUGCAGCACCUUCAGAGUGCGCCGCAGGCAGACUGUUUAUUGGAGGGAGGGACUGCUCGUCACUUUCCAUGGAGGACAUCUCAGUGUGGAGUCUGCUGAGGUGGACUGGAAGAGGAAGAAGAGUGGUGGGAUCCGGAUCAGCUGUCAGUCUGAGACCAGGGACUUCUCUGCCAUGGCUUUCAUCACUGAUCACGUCAACUCUCUGAUCGAGCAGUGGUUCCCCGCUUUGACUGGCACUGAGAGCGACGGCAGCCUCCUGAUAGAGCAGUAUGCCCCCUGUCCCCUGUGCCCCCCUGGCACAGAGGAGCAUGCACAGGGACAUUACUUCAGUAUGGAGGACUGUGUGUUAGCCGCUGUGGACAGUCAGAGCAUUGUCUGUCCCCAGCACCCGGAGCAGCCCGUCCUCCUGCAGGAGCUGGUCCCUGAGUUCUUCAUGACCGACUUUCCUUCACGGUUGUUCUUGCAGACCUCAGAACUGGAGUUUUCUGAGGAAGAGAGCAGUGUCCUGGGACAGGGGGGCAGUGGGACCACCAUCCUGCGUGCAAUGUACCGCUCUCAGCCUGUGGCCCUCAAGAUGUUUAGCUUCAGGAAGUUUGGCAAAAAACACAGCUCCAGCACUGACACCAUGCUGAGGCACCUCCAAUCUGCAGAUGCCUGUCGGAGUUUCUCUGAGUUCCGUCAGGAGGCAUCCAUGCUUCGUGCCCUGCACCACCCCUGCAUCGUGUCUUUGCUUGGCAUCAGCAUCCACCCCCUGUGCUUCGCUCUGCAGCUGGCCCCUCUGGGCAGCCUCAACACUGUGCUGGAAGAGAGCAACAAGAGAUCUGGUGUGAAGUUCAUUCCCCUUGGCCACAUGCUGACCUUUAAAAUGUCCUAUCAGAUCGUGGCUGGACUGGCCUAUCUGCACCGGAAAAACAUCAUCUUCUGUGACCUGAAGUCUGACAACAUCCUGGUGUGGUCUCUGAAGGUGCAGGAACCUAUAAACAUAAAGCUUUCUGAUUACGGCAUCUCACGCCAGUCGUUCCGUGAGGGGGCCCUGGGAGUGGAAGGGACCCCGGGGUACCAGGCCCCAGAGAUCCGCCCAGGCAUUGUCUACGAUGAAAAGGUGGACAUGUUCUCCUAUGGCAUGGUCCUGUAUGAGCUUCUGUCUGGACAAAGACCAGCUCUGGGGAACCACCAGCUGCAGAUCUCCAAGAAGCUCACCAAAGGCUGCCGCCCUGCGCUGGGACGACCAGAGGAGGUGCAGUUCUUCUGCCUGCAGAGCCUCCUCACGCGCUGCUGGGACACUAAGCCAGAGAAGAGGCCAGUGGCGGGACAGUGUGUGCAGGAGAUGCGGGAGCCCUCCUUUGCCUGUCUGAAGUAUGUGCUCUCCUGUGGGGCCCACACACAGCUCUUCCUGUCUCCACUGCAGGGGCCCUCAGCCGUGUUCUGGGAUGGGACCAAAGAAGAACGAAACUACAGUGUGGUGAAUGUGGACACAGGCCAGGUGGAGGUGAAGAGGAUAUUGUGCCCAGGAGAUCCAGUCAGCUGCCAACUCAAAGUGGGCAACUCUCUGUGGAUGGCCACCCAGGAGCAGGAGGUGUUGAUCUACAGCCUGAAGGACAUGUGCCCUCUGAGCCAGCCCCAAAAGCACUUCUCCUCUCCAGCCGUCAUCACCUGCUUCCUCCUGGCACCGCCCACACUGCAGACCCUAUGCCGUGUAUUUGCUGGCAUGUCUGAUGGCCUGGUGGCGGUCUAUAGUCUACUGAACGACCUGCCACUGGACGGAGAGACCUACCUCUGCUCUCACUCCAUCAACAAGGCCCUGGGCGUGGACGAAAUGGACCUGCGGCAGAAAGCCUACCCUGUGAGCGCCAUGGUCCUGCUGGGGCCGGACAAGGAGCUGUGGUACUCCAACGGGCCGGGCAUCCUGGUCAUCGACUGUCUCAGACUACAGCCCAUCAAAAGACUGGAGCCCUACACUCCUCCUUCUGCCAUCAUAUCCAUGGCAACCAGCUUCUGUUUGUGGGGACAAGAGGCCGUGUGGGUACUGGAUGACGUCACCAAUACAGUCCUGCUGUAUGAUGCCGCCACCUACCAGCUUUGUGCCAAGUACUGCUGUGGAGAUAGAAAUCCGCUUAGGGAUGUCUUCCCUGUACAACACCCCACCUGGGUGCCCACCACUGACCCCAAUGAUCCCAGUGACCCCAGUGACACCAGUGCUGAGAAGAAGCAGCCCAUGGACCUGAUGUGCAUAUGCAGCACACAUGCUGGAGCUCAGUACUUUCAAGCUCAGGACUCUGUCACAUCAGAAGAGUCCAACAUAGAGGCCCCCCCCUCACCCUCCAGCAGCACAGAGUCCAGCCUUCAGGGUCCCCCUUCACCCUCCAGCAGCAUCAGGCCCAGCCCCCAGGGGUCCAUCUCUCCCUCUAGCACAGAGCCCAGCCUGAACGGACCCCCCUCACCCUCCCAGGGACUGAACAACUGGUGUGGGGACCAGCAGUCUACGGAAAUGGUGUUCACUGGCUCUGAGCUCCAGGCCGUCGCUGUCCUCUGUGUCAGAGAAGCUCUGUGGAUCCCCAGGUUUGGGGGAGAUGUGCUAGUCCUGGAGCUGCAGCCUGGGCCCCAACCACAGGGGUCCAAACAGCUUUGUGGCCGUGUCACUGCUGUGCUCCGCGCACCAGGGGGAGCUGCUCUUGGCCGUCUGGAGGUGUCCUCUGUACUGGACCAGGACACGGUGCUGUGUGCCCACAGGGACACCCUCUCUCAGUGGACUGUUUGUGUGUGGAGGGCCUGGGGCGGCCAGCAGCUCCAGCUCUUCUACAGUGGCUGGGAGGACCUGGGUCACAUGGAGAACAGGCUGAGGAGGAGCCGAGAGCGCUGACAGAACACCAGUACACAAGCUCUUAUGUUUACAUACUCACUGCACUCAGGCUCAGGGAUGUGUGUGUGCUGCUCUUUAUUAUGGACAUAAGUGUAAGCUACACACACAGCCUCUGAAGGACAAACCAUCUGCUGCUGUGACUGUUGCUCUGUUGCCUUAAAGCUGACCCAAGAACCUGUACAGGAGUCGUCAAUUGGUCUUAUAUGGUCACUUUAAGAUACUAGUAGGUCAUUUCUGUUGGAGAAUUAUGAAUUGUGUUUUUUAAACAAUAAUGAACAUUUUACUUAGUCCAAUUAGGUUAAUUUAGUCUUCCAGUAAUUUAUUUUCCAGUAUAAUUAUUUUAAUGUAUUAUUUUUUCAGACCAAUGUUAUCAGUAUGUUUUCAUAUGUGACAGUUUUGACUGGUUACUAGGAGGCAAUAUUAUACCUAUGUAACUCUGAGCUAAAGACAUCUUUUAAAUCUGCUAUGUAGUUGGUAGAACAUUAGAUCAGUGCAACUCUAUUUGUCAUUCAACCACAUGGCAGCAAUAUGUGGAAACAAGGAAGUAAUUUAUUAUCAUUGUGUAAAGAAUAGACAUUAUUUUGCAUAAUAUUAAUGAUUCCAAUUUCAGUUGCCACCACUGAAAUCUCAGAGUAAAGCCAAGAUUUUUGUCAGAUAUUUACUUUUCUUUGUAGACUGAAAUUGUGUUGACUUAAAAUUAUUAUUAAAAUUAAUUAAUGACA